AUGGAAACUCGUAACCCAUCUCCGCCUCCGGAUUUUGACUCGACCACCGAGGAAGAUGAUCAUAUUGGCAAUAGUGCCUACAGCAAACGUUGGCUUUAUUCACUCAUCCUCCAAGUUCUCACUAACUUAAGCCAAAUUGGUGAAAGUAUUGAUGAUGUUGAAGAAGAACUAGACUCAAUCCUUGAGGAUGACCUCUGCAAACUUUGGGACAUAACAAGUGACCAAUUGCUUUUAGAGCAUCUUCGACCUUUCCAACUUGUUCCAGUUUUUACCGAGUGUAUUCACAAGAGCAAAAACCCUAGGCUAAUAGAAAUUUCACUAGGGAUUUUAGCAAAUGUAUCCCUUGAUGACGAACAAUGUGGAGUACUUUCGGAAGAUCCAACGUUCAUGUCAAACUCCUUGGGAUUAUUGUCUACGGAUGAUACUCGAAUACUCAUUGAGUUAUUUAGACUCUUGCGUUCCGUUUUGGCCUCAAGAUCUCAUCGCCAGAUCUGGCUAGAUGCCGUCCAUUUUGCUCCGGAAUUCAUUGAAAGAGUUAAUUUUAUUUUAGUCAGUUCAACUAAUGAGACUAUUCUACGAAUCGAUGAUAGUAUCGGAGAAUUAUGGUGCAAUACAAACCUUCUUGGUUCCUUGCAAGAUGCUCAACGUCAAAUGUGUUGGAUUCAAGGUGAUGAGGUGGAGGUCAUCUAUCGGAUUAUCUACAUAUUCUCUACCAAUUCUACUGGAGUGCGAACUUUGAUGUCAAGUGUAGAGGAUGUGUUUCCAAAUUUUGGAGUCCUGUUACGGAAGAUCUGCGAAGACGAACCGCAUUUAAUCCCCUUUUAUCAGUAUAAUUCUGCCCUGCGGCUAAUUUUGCCCGUUAUUGAUGUGAUUAUUACAAACCUACCGGCUAAACAGGCUCUUGCUUCAUUCCACUUUGACAAGGACAUCCUACCGUGUCUGCUACAAAUAGUUCUCGGAUGUGUUCAGCAAAACUUUGUCUCUGGUGAAGUGACUCUAGAUGGUAUCUGGGAGGAUUUAUCGGGUCUCUUCAGCGGCCUCAUUCAACGUGUUCAUGAACACCUCCAAAAAUGUAUGACAAGUGAAUUAGCGCAAGACUCCAUUGAUGUGCUCCACUAUUUAACUGACAUUGAUCAGGGAAGUGAUGAAAUGUGUAACUCGUUUGUUCGGUGCUGCUUGUAUCGUCGUGUUCAAGUAUCAAUUGAAAGGGAAGGUGUUUCUUAUAACUCAAAUAGCAAUACGGCUGUGGAAGUACUGCGCGGUCAAUUGGUUUUCGUAUGUCAACAACUACACCUUUCCAAACUUCUUGAAUGCUCAACUACGGAUCACAGAUAA